CAGAGCAAUCCGAUUCAGUCAGGGCUGUUGACCUUUCAGUCUUAUCAAGUCAUACAUGCACUGUUUCUGCUGUGACAUGAACCUGUGGUUCCUGGCUUCCUGUCUCAGCAGAUAAAUUGAAUAUGUUCGCUGGGGGACCGCUCUCAAGCGAUGAGCAGAGAGAAGAGAAGAGAGAUGGAGUCUUACCUGGGCUUUUACCUGCUGAGUUUCCUUGCCUUGACCAAAACUGCACACACUGUUGAACAGACACCUCCGUUUGUGCGAGCGCAUUCGGGACAGUCAGCCACAAUCACCUGCAUCGGAGGUUCAGAGGACUUUGAUGGGCUAUAUCUGAGGAGGAAAUUCAUCCAGCAAAGUCAAGUGCUUUACGUCCACAAGUCAAGCACAAUAACAGUAGAAAAGAACUACACUGACCGCAUGAAGACUGAAGGGGACACAAAGAAACUCACCCUAAUAAUCAGCAAUCUGAUGGAGAGCGACACAGAUGGGUAUUUCUGCGAGUUUGGUAGACUUGAUAUGGAAACUGGGAAGUUACUCAAUAUUAGAGCUACUGGGACUUUGAUUGUGGUUCAAGACGAGGUGAAGGAGGUGACGUGUCCUCCAGUAGAUCCGAAUCCUCCCAGCUCUAGUCUCCAGCUGACCCCGACCCUAAUGAUUGUCACAUCACUGGCUGCAGUCUGUGUCCUCAUCCUCUGUAUCGUUGCCCUGAUAAUAUGGCAGCUCCCGAAUAUUAAGAAGUGUUUUGCCAAACAGAGAUCCCAACAAGCAGUGCAAGAUACAGUCUAUGAAGAGAUGGCCAAAUCGAGGUACAGCCAUUAGAGGAUUGAGCACGGAGGAGUGUUUGCCUUAUGGAGCAGUCGUCUCUCUGCUUACCAACACAGCCUCUGCUGAUUCCAAGCUGCAAGCAAACGGACCCUUUAGACCAAAGCAGCCCUGAUGUUAAAGAGCAACUCACUUCAAAUAUGUGCAAGUACACAAUUGUAUCAGAAAAGGGUUAGGGGUUAGGGUUAUAUCAUGCACAAAGAUUUGCACAUUAAGUGCAUUGUAACUAUCAUAAUAACAUUGUAAUGAUGUGUAAGUACACCUGUAUUUACUAAGUAACUACUAUGUAAAUACACAGUAAUUGGAGACACUUCAGGUAAAGUGUUACCCUUAGGAUUUCCAACCCAGCUCAAAGCAAGCUGAAUGGAUUUAGAUGUUAUAACAAUUCAAUACUGAAGCUACAGAACCAUGGAGCACUCAAUCAGAUACAAACACCAUGACAUAUUAAACAAAAUGCAGCAACAGCAAAAAAAUAAAGAAUGCAGGCUGCUUCAGCUGCAAAGUGAAAUACUGAACUGUCUUGCGGUGCUCUUUCAUGUGAAACCACACCGCUAGCAAUAGCCUGUUCACGCUCUGCUCUGCCCUACAUACCGCACUUCUAGCAAUGGAAGCGGUGAUUGUCACAUGAGGUAGGCCAGCUGUUGACUGACAUACUUCAUAUUAUUUUGUGCGCUGUGCUUGAUUUAUUCAUUUCUUUUGGAAUUGCUUCAAAUUUAAUAAGCAGAUAAUUUGCUGUGGCAUACUUGUGCAGUACAGAGCCUUCAAAUACAAAGGUAGCGACCUCACCUUAUUGGUGCACAACUUCUGCUUGAGUGUCUAUGCAGUUCUGCAGAGCAGUACCCAAGCACAAUGAAAAACCUCCCUUCACACCUACAGAUUGAAAA